AUGAUGGAAUCYGGCCUUGUGGGCAAUGUGGAUACGGUUGGAUAUCUCAUUCAAGCCUUCUGCAAGGACAAAAAGCUUUCGGAAGCUUAUGAGCUUCUUCGGCAAGUCUUAGAAGCCGGGCAUGUCCCUGAUAAUGUUGCUUUUACCAAAUUGAUAUCUGGGUUUUGCAAGGAUGGGAAUUAUGGAAAAGUCUCGGAGCUUCUCCAUUUGAUGAUCGCGAAGAAACGGACUCCUGACAUAUUCGUUUGUCAGGAAAUCAUAAAUGGGCUCUGCAAGAACGGAAUGAGGCAAGAAGCUUUUCGGAUUUUUUGUGACCUAAAGGAGAGAGGUAAGAUGGGUGACUUAGAAAUGGCUCAGAAGUUGCGUAGAGAGAUGUGUGAAAGAGGGUAUAGAGAAAGCACGGUGAGUUAUAACACCAUGAUUGCUGGGUUUUGUUUACAUGGGAAAAUGGAUGAAGCGCAUAAACUCUUCGAAGAAAUGCCCAAGAAGGGAAUUGAACGCGAUGUAGUGACAUACAAUACUCUGAUUCAGGGCCUUUGCAAAGAAAAGAAGGCACUGGAGGCUAUGGACCUUUUCUAUGAAAUCUUGGGGAUGGGAAUGCAUCCGACCAUCUCAUCUUACACUCCUCUUAUCCAAGCACUUUGUGACAUGGGGAAUGCACAAGAAGCAAUAGAGUUGUGGAAUGACAUGCGGAAUAGGGGUUUGGAGCCACUGGUAUGUACUUGUGAUCAUAUAAUUACUGGAUUGUGUAAAGCCGGAAAUGCAAAGGAGAGCAUGGAGUGGUUGAUCAAUAUGUUAAGGAGUAAGCAGAGACCUUUCAGAGAUUGGUUCAAUAUCUCUCUUCAAGUAGUAGGUUGGACGAUGCUUUACUGGUUUUAG